AUGGCUCCCCCCGUCCGGCCUUCUCGGUCCCUGGAAGGCCUCGAACGAGUCAUCCCGCCUUCACCUAAACAACCCUUCUUUCCCACCCGCUCCGACCUGUUUCUUAACAAACCGCUUCCCGCAAAACCGGUCCCCGACGAACCGGCCGAGUACUCGUCCGGUAUGUGGUCUGACUCCAGCGACAGCGAGAGCGACAGUACCGUCGAUAGUCUCGGCAGUCCUAGCGAACCUCGCAACUCGACCGAGUCCUAUCCCAUCUUCGUCAGCUCGGAUUCAGACGACUUCAUGGUCGAUCACCCGGCACCCGCCGAUCAGCUAAAUUUGGGCCAGAUCCGCCCAUCUCCACUACGCGUCCUCUCCAGCGACUCGCGCACGGACUCGGUCGCUUCUGGCACGGACGUUGUCGCUGAAGCUUCGGAUGCCCAGUAUGGUCGACCGAGUCAGUGGACGCAGAAUCGAACCGGGACAAAUCACUACUUCAGGGAAAAGAAGUGGGAUUUCUUCCCGGAACUGGCCACCCCGUCGGCGUUGCAGGCUGGUGGACGAACCAGCCCGGGCAUCAGGUCGGGAAAGACACGAAAGAAGGAGGGUCGCUUGAAUCUCGCGGCCAAGCGUCGUCGGUGGCAUUCUCUCGAUCGGGCCGGCUUGGGGCUGGCUUACGGGGUUCGAGACUCGAUCAAAACAUACGUCCACCGCACACUAUCAAAGGACUCGGGCGAGACCAAGGCCAAAGAAUCACCACGACCCUCAACGGCACCACUGGAUGAACCCGACGAGCAAACAUCAUACGCUUGCCCAAAAACACAGCAAUCGUGCAUGGACCUGAACAUGCAACUACGAGCUCUAUCAGUCUCAACUGCCUCGAGCAGCCUCGAGCCGCCCUCGAGCCCCCGCUCAAUCCGCACCCAACACUCAUCCCCGGUCCAGCGACCGAAUCAACUCGCAGUGCCGAUGACCCCGUACCAAAAGUACGGCUCCGCCGCCUGGGAAACACCCAAGAAAUCCAGACGCACCGUCCACGCCCGGUCCUCCAACUCUGACGGCCCGUCAUCACCGGACCUCACCUACGCAAACCCUACACCGCCGCUCUCCCCACCAUUCAAGAGGCAGCUGCAGCAAAAUACCCGAAACGCGGCGCGUGUCUUGCAGGGUGGCACCAGCCACGUCCUGGUGGCGCUCGACGGGGCGAAGAGAAAAAUCUCCGAAUCAAAAGAUGAGCGUCGACGCGAGGCAUUGAAGUCUCAGAUCAAGCUGAUUGGACCCGUUAACCCAAACUCUCAUGGCCUGUGUGAACCAUGGGUAUGA